AUGUGUUCUUUUGUCUAUGUUUUGCGGUUCGUUUCGCUUAUGAAUCAAUGAUCAAAGACAAUGUCGCAUGGUCAGUUUAAUUUGUACAUUUCAUGACUUUGUACUUGAUUGAUGAAGGGUUUUCCUGCCAAGAUCUUGGUUGAACAGUAACUCCUGUCUGCACUUUUUCUGAUUAGCUUUUAUAUUACGGGGUGUAGGACUAAAAUUGCACUUUUUCCUUGUCUCUGAACAGUGGCCAAUGCGUCGGCAUCUGUGGUUUAUAAUGUUUCUGUUGUUGUUCGUUCUAUUUGGUUUCCUAUAUCUCAUUGCCUUUGCUUCAAUUUUUUUUUUGUGAUUAAUAUCCAAUGGCGCUUUUGAGCUAGCGAUUAAUGUUCUUUGACUUUUCCCCUUGGUUGUUCCAUUUUGGAUCGAAGCUAUAAGCAAACUCUUUUCCCAGUUACUGACAUAUGCUUUGUAAAUUAUCUAUUAUUGGCAUGUUAAUCUAUUUUGGAACUGGAGGAAGCUAUGUUCUUGUCUGGUUAAGACUUCACUAUUUCGAUAAUGUCAUGAACUUUUAUGUGUGCGCUCUCUCUCUAUUCAGUGACGGCAAUGGGAAAAAGGAAGCGUCCGGACUCAAAAGUUCCUGCUCUGUCCAUGACCGAGCAAGAGAAGAUCGUCUACAAUCUGAUCCAGAGCAAGCAAGACUUGGGCAUCUGGUCGAGGGACAUGAAGCGGGAGACUAGCCUCCCUAACAACGUCGUAGACAAGUCUCUCAAGUCCCUCUGCAGCAAAGGCCUGAUCAAGGAGGUUGUCACUGUCUGGUCCAAGAGCCGAAAGCACUUCCUUGCCUCCGAGUUUGAGCCCUCCUCAGAGAUCACUGGCGGGAAGUGGUAUGACCAAGGGACCCUCGACACUGAGUUCAUCGACUUCCUUAAGGACCAGUGCCUGAAGCACAUCCGGAAUAUGAAGAUUGCAACAGUGGACAUGGUUGCGAACGCCGUCCGGAGGUCGAGGGUCCUGAAGAAUGACUGCUCUAGUCAAGAGAUUGGUGAGAUCGUCAGGGCAUUGAUUUUGGACAAUGACGUGAUUGAGAUGAGGAGCAAUGGACUGGGGGAGUUUGCUUCUGUCCCGACCGGUAGGAUGUGUUAUAAGUGUAGGAGGUCGCCCGAUGCCACGAAGGAACCGAGAGUUGGGGCAAUGGCUUCAAUACCUUGCGGUGUGUGCCCGCAAAUAGCCAAUUGUGCACCUGGGGGCGUCAUCUCCCCGAUGACUUGUGAGUAUUAUAGUAUGUGGUUGGAUUUUUGAGUGAUGAUGGCCUUCUUUGGAUGUGUUGGCUGGCAAAAGAUAUCGGUGCUCUUCUAUUCAAAGGGCUUUUGUCACUUGUAGAUAAUUUAUUUGUGUGGCUUGUUAGCAAACCUUAGCACAGCAGCCCUGUAAAUACAUGCUAGUUUCUGGUAAUUGAUCUUUACAGAUGUAGAAUUAUUAGCCCUGUAAA